CUCCUGAAUCUUUAGUCUCUUUGGGUUGGAAGAAGCUGUCGGGUGCUAUGUGCAGCCCUCAGCCUUGAACUUCAGCAGCGGUGCAGCGCCAAGAGACACAGGCUCAGCCAAUCUGUUCAGCUUCAAAGCAGGCACCCAAAAGAUACCUUUGGUGCCUGUGGAGAGCAAGAGGACUCCUGCCUGUCCUCAAAGCAAAGCAGACCCAGCCGAUCUCUUCAGGGCAGAAGGACUGGAGCGGUGUCAAAGAUGAAACGAAGCCAGCAUGAGGCCUUGCACCUGGUGGAGCAGAUCCUGUCGGAGUUCCGGCUGCAGGAGGAGGAUCUGAAGAAGGUGAUGCGUCGGAUGCAGAAGGAAAUGGAUCGGGGGCUGAAGCUGGAGACGCACGAGGAAGCCUCCGUGAAAAUGCUGCCCACUUACGUACGCUCCACGCCCGAAGGCUCAGAGGUUGGGGACUUCCUGUCGUUGGAUCUCGGUGGCACCAACUUCCGCGUGAUGUUGGUGAAAGUGGGCGAAGGGGAAGAAGGGCAGUGGAGCGUGACAACAAAGCAUCAGAUGUAUUCCAUCCCAGAGGACGCCAUGACGGGAACUGCUGAAAUGCUCUUCGAUUACAUCUCCGAAUGCAUCUCCGACUUCCUGGAUAAACACCAGAUGAAACACAAAAAGCUGCCUCUGGGCUUCACAUUCUCCUUCCCUGUGAGGCAUGAGGAUAUUGACAAGGGGAUCCUUCUGAACUGGACGAAGGGUUUCAAAGCAUCAGGAGCUGAAGGGAACAACAUCGUGGGGCUUUUGCGGGACGCUAUCAAGCGCCGAGGGGAUUUCGAGAUGGACGUGGUCGCCAUGGUCAAUGACACGGUGGCUACAAUGAUUUCCUGUUACUAUGAAGAUCACCGGUGCGAGGUUGGCAUGAUAGUGGGUACCGGCUGCAACGCCUGCUACAUGGAGGAGAUGGAGAACGUGGAGCUGGUGGAGGGGGACGAGGGCCGGAUGUGCGUGAACACCGAGUGGGGAGCCUUCGGGGCCUCAGGGGAGCUGGACGAGUUCCUCCUGGAGUACGAUCGGGUGGUGGAUGAGACCUCACUUAACCCCGGGCACCAGCUCUACGAGAAGAUGAUCGGAGGCAAGUACAUGGGAGAGAUCGUGCGGCUGGUGCUGCUAAAACUGGUCAAUGAAAAUCUGCUCUUCCAUGGGGAGGCGUCCGAGAAGCUGAAAACCAGAGGCAGCUUCGAAACCCGCUUCAUCUCGCAGAUCGAAAGCGACGCCAAUGACUGGAAACAGACCUACAACAUCCUGACGUCCUUCGAGCUGCUGCCCUCGCUCACGGACUGCGACAUCGUGCGGAUGGCGUGCGAGAGCGUCUCCACGCGGGCGGCACAGAUGUGCUCGGCAGGGCUGGCCGGCGUGAUCAACCGCAUGCGGGAAAGCAGGGGCGAGGAGAGGCUGAAGAUCACCGUGGGCAUCGAUGGCUCGGUCUACAAGCUCCACCCCAGCUUCAAAGACCAGUUCCAUGCGACCGUCAGACAGCUGGCGCCCGGCUGCGACAUCACCUUCCUCCAGUCAGAGGAGGGCAGCGGCAGGGGGGCCGCCCUGAUCUCGGCGGUAGCGUGCAAAAUGGCCUGCCUGAUUGGCCGGUGAGCGGGGCCACUGGCCAAAGGACCACGGAAGGAGCAGCCGCGGCUGGGAUGUGGCUCCAUGCCGAGUUCUUUAGAGCGCGUGCGCCCAGGAGCGGAAACAACAAUUGAAGGGGCGGGGCAGUUCCUGACCCCGCCCACCUGCCUCCCACCUGUCCUAGCCACUGCGCUAGCUGCACUGUGUCCCCUUGCUGUUCCUCAGCCCUCUUUGCUGCUGCCAGGCCGGGCUCUUGGUCCACGCAAUAAAUAGGUUCCCGAGGAGGUCUACUCCUAGGAUUGGUUUGAGGGGAGGGGGGAGGGGAGUCCUCUGACCCUUCUCUUCUGAUUGGCUCAGGAAUUAAAACGAGACGGGCGCAUCAAAACGGCGUCCAAUCUGCACAAACGGCGGUCAAGGGUUGCGUUUCUCUCAGCCAAUCAGGUGCGUGGACGUCGGGGCGUGUCAGGAGCCCGUGAUCGGUGGCAGGCUGGCGUGUGCUUGGGGGGGCGCUGGCGUCAGGACUAGAGCCCAGGCGGGAGGCGGAGGCUGGAUAGAGACUGGUCUCUCCGCUAGCCGGAGGCCCUGGUGUGGCUGGGACUGCUGAGCCCAGGCUGGGAUGGAGCUGGCGGGAAUCUCCGGCAGGAGAGCAGCUGGGGGGGUUCACUUCCCCUCCCGCCCUUUCCUGACCCUCCAGAUCUAGCUGCUGAACAGGGCCAUAAGCUUUGCCUCUGGUCUCCCCCCGUCUCUAGCUGUCCCCUCCAUGGUGCAGCUCGGGUUCCUUUAGGAAUAGCAAUAGAUCCUCUCUCUUCUGGUUGUGCCCAAAGGCCGGCGGCCCCAUGGCACUGGCUGCGGUACGAACACCAAUGAAGAGAUGUUCCUUGCGGCGGACUGACCUCCUGGCAUCCCUGCCCCUGAUGCUCUGGGACAGAGCCCACAACAGGGAGCGCUCCCCAGGGCCCAGCCCACCCCUUUCCAUCUGGAAAUCCAGCUCCGGGGCUCGCCUUCCUCCUCCCAAGCACACCUAGUCCUUGGCCUCCCUGGGGUGCACCUCCUGCUCACAAGGAGGAGGCUGCCGUGGAGUAAAUCCUGCCCUGUGCUGUUUGGCUGGCCUCGGGCUGGUUUCGCAGAGGCAACAGAAUUUCAGGAAACCAGGGCAAACCCCAGGGCAAGAACUGCUCUCCCCGGGAAACCUUUCUGUCCGGAGCAGAUACAGAGCGGGGGGCAGAUACCUUCUCUCAGUCAUAUGUGACCACAUGGCCUGGUGUGAGUUGGCCAUCUGUGUUCCCUGUACCGCAUGGCCCAGACUUCCUCUUGGGGGGAGGCUGGGGGGCUUUCUGCUGGACACCCCCCCCACACACACACACACACUGCAGCCAGCCAUGUCUGCACAUUCUAUGUUGGUCUGAGGUCCGGUCCACGUUUCUUUGUUGCCAAGCAUUUGAAAUCUUCAGGUACCCCUCCCGCCCUCUCAGGCUAACGUUGAUUAGGCUGUACCUCUCCUGAGCAGGACCAGUGCUGCUGUUCGUGAGCCAGACACAUUGCCACCCCCACUCCCCUCCACACACAGCCUGCAUGUUCCCAUGCAACGUGCAUACCCCCGUGCACAAAGCCCACCGGGUGCACGCCUUCAUCCACUCACCGUCCCAUGGGAUGUGCGUCGCACUGCGGCUCGUCAGAAAAGCAUCAUGCAUGUGCGCGCCAGGCCCUACAGACUCAUGCAUCUUUUGAUAGCCCCACACAUGGGUGCACGUACCGUCCUUGUAUACCCAAUCCAUCUGCAGGACGCCUCAGCCGGACAUACAGGGCUUCCACUCUUUUUUUUUCUGUACAUAAGAAUAAAAUUAUUCUGAUGUUCUGGG